UCGGUUCGCCGCUGUUCCUGCUGCAGCAACGAGCGGUGUCGAAGCAGACAGGGGCGAAUCAUCACUACCACCACCUUGCACCUUCACACUUUCUACAAUACGAUGAAACUAUCAACAAUAUUAUCCUCCCUCUGUAACGGCAUCAGUUGCGUCAUACUACUGGUGAUGGGCCUUAGUACUCCCGGACAAACAGAAAUCACCAGUUUGGACUCCGCCAACAUUGAUGACGUUUUAAACAAUGCUGCUGUUUCCUUAGUGAACUUUUACGCUGACUGGUGCAGAUUUAGCCAGAUGCUCCAUCCCAUCUUUGAGGAGGCGUCGAACAUCAUGCGGGAGGAGUUCCCGGAUAUGAAGCAGGUGGUGUUUGCACGAGUUGACUGCGACCAGCAUUCCGACAUAGCCCAGCGCUACCGCAUCAGCAAGUACCCCACGCUGAAGCUGUUCCGCAACGGCAUGAUGAUGAAGCGAGAGUACAGGGGUCAGAGGUCAGUGGCGGCCAUCGCCGACUUCAUCCGCCAGCAGCAGGUUGACCCCGUGAUAGAGAUCCACUCGGAGGAGGAGCUGAAAUCUGUUGACAGAAGCAAAAGGAACAUCAUCGGUUACUUUGAGAACAAAGAUUCUGACAAAUACCGCGCCUUUGAAAAGGUCGCCAACAUCCUCCGAGAUGACUGCGUCUUCUCGGCGGCAUUCGGGCCCGUGUCCGAGUCGGAGCGCUUCAGCGGGGACAGCGUCAUCUUCAAGCCGGUUGGGGAGAACAUCCCCGACAUGGCCUAUAUCGGCCUCCUGGACAACUUUGACCUGACCUACGCUUGGGUUCAGGACAAGUGUGUUCCUCUGGUCAGGGAGAUCACCUUUGAAAACGGAGAGGAGCUCACUGAAGAGGGCAUCCCUUUCCUGAUUCUGUUCCAUCUCAAAGACGACAACGAGAGCUUAGAGAAGUUCCAGCAGGAAGUGACUCGUCAGCUCUUUAGCGAGAAAGGGUCCAUCAACUUCCUGCACGCCGACUGCGACAAGUUCCGGCAUCCUCUCCUACAUAUCCAGAAGACUCCUGCCGACUGUCCCGUUAUUGCCAUUGACUCGUUCAGGCACAUGUACGUGUUCCCGGACUACAAAGACCUCAGUGUUCCCGGCAAACUGAAACUGUUCAUCUCGGACCUGCACUCCGGAAAACUACAUCGAGAGUUCCACCACGGUCCCGAUCCCACGGACAGCGCGCCCGGACAGGAGGAGAUUGCCAGCAGCCCCCCGAAGAGCUCCUUCAAAAAACUGGCACCCAGCGGGUCUCGCUACACCAUCCUAACACGGGACCGCGAUGAGCUGUGACCUCAGCCGCCUUUCCUUCCAGUCACCUUUUGACUCCAUGCCACGCCUCGGGUGGGGGGGGUGGUUGUAGGAAUGUCCCGGGAGGGGGGCUUUGGGUCAGGACACAGGCCAGCGGGACACAACAGCAACACCCUUACUGAAAAGAGAGAUGAAGAAGAACUGGCGAGAACAUGUGAGAAAGACAAGCCCAUGACACAACUAUGUUGGAUAAACCUAUAUUUUCUUAAAUCGUAACAUUUUAUUUUGGAUUUUGGGAAAGGGUGAAGACUUAAAUGUGGGUCAGAAGUUUUUUUUUUUUUUUUUUUUCUUCUCUCUCGAGCUUGUACAUAUGUUUGUGUUCCAUGGCAUUUGUUGUUCUAAAUUAAAUGCACCAUUAUUUUUCUUUAGAUUAUUCCAUUCACUCUUCACUCCACUUGUUCUUAAACGUGGCUCGUUUUCCAUCAAGGUUUUUCCGACGUCGCCUCACGCGGGCGAUUCUCCUCGCGUGUUCUUAAAAGCACAAGACGCCAUUUUGAAGUCGUGGCAUCUUCUUCGUCUCUCCGCAAUAUUUCUGAAGGAUUAGAAAACACAUUUGCUACUUGGUACUACUUUGUUUUUUCAAUCAGGGGUGGGGAACCUGCAAGUACAUUUACCAUUUCUAAAAAACAAAACAGAAAAUAUACUCCUGACAGGAUUUUGGGUGAAAUUUGACAGCGAAGCUAAAAUUCCCCUCUAACCUUUACAGGUGAACUGAAUUUGACCUCUUUGAAUGAACCGUUCAGUGAUUCAGUACUUUUGCACAACUUGGCAAAAUUCACAACGAUCAAUGAAUGGACCAAUAAUUUCCUACUCCAAUUACAAUUGGCAUUUAAACCGUCAGAGUCAUCAUGAAACCAAGACAAUAACUAACAAUUGACCCCACAAGAUGUUCUCAGAAGGAUGAGGCCACUGAGCUGAGAGUCAUUCAGCAAGUUGCAACAGAUAGCGGAAGAGUUAUAGAAAGUCACAGAAGUAGAUGUACUUGGAAAAUAAUUUUGUCAGCAAGCUACACAAAAAGUAAUGGAACAUGUCAUUGUCGGAUGUUCAAAAGGCUCGAGAAGGUCAAAUAAAGUUAAUCUGUAAAGUGCCAUUUUGGGUUCAUCUUGGGGUCAGUCUUUGGGUUACCGUGUCAACUUUUUGUGAGUUAAGAUGAUUUAUACUGGAAUUUCCCCUAACAAAAAAUUCUGAUUGCCAAAGAUUCGACUAUAAUUAUGAGCGAAAUUAUUUUUUUUGUGCCGUGCCACUUAAGCCAAUUAACUCCACUGUGAUGCAAAGUGAUGUUCUGCAUAAGCCCAUCCAACCAUGUUUUUGUACCAUGUAUGUCAGAAAGAGGAGCCCUCUUAAAAAAAAAAGAAAGUUUUUAAUGAGUCUUUGGUACAAGUUAGCGAUCCUUGAAAUGGAUCCUAAAGUGGACUUGUUUUGAUUUAGGGAACUUGUUGCUUAGUUUUUACUGUCCAAUCGAGGCCAAGAGACAUUGGGACAUAUCAGCCCACACACGAAAGAAUCGGGAGGGGCUUGCCAUUUCCAAACAAGUCAUCUCAAGAGGGGAAGAAUUAGGAAAAGGGAUGAUGAUUAAAAGUCAUUUUACAA